AUGGUCGGAUCGGCGCUUGCUCUAUCCCUUAUCGGCUUCGGCGCCGUCCGGGCCCUACCAGCCAGAAAGGGGGUUGAGGAACGGCAGGGCAGCAUCUCGAUCGGAGAUGGGACCGGAAUCUUCAUCCCGGGCGGCGACGGUGAGCUGCCCCCUUGCCUUAUAGAUACACCGCUCAACGAGCAACCCCCGUGCUUCUUAUCGCCCAUCACCGGCGGGUUCGAACCACCCAUUCCCGGCCCGGGUGAAGAGAAGCGGGAAUCCGGUGCCUCCACAGCCCCGACAAAGCGGCAGAUUACGAUUGGCGACGGAACUGGCAUCUUCAUCCCUGGCCAAGGCUCCCUCUCGCCCUGCUUGACGAUCAUUCCCAUUUCACAGCAACCCCCAUGUUUCUUGCCGCCCCUUCCCGGCGGCUUCAUCCCGCCUACUCUCCAUGUCCCUAAGGGGAAGCGGCGCGACUUCAAGCUCCCCCCUGACGCCGAACGCAACAAGAAAAAGGUGAUCGAGGAACUGGAGGCCCAACUCAUCAAGCUGCAGAACAAGCCACACAAAACACGAGAAGACCUCGAGGACAUCAAGGCCAUCAAGGAGGCUCUCUUUUACCUGGCUGGUAUUACCAGCAUCUCGGCGCCUCCUGGGUCGGGAUCCAGCUUCACCCCCGGCAAGCGGGAUUUUAAGCUACCCCCUGACGCUGAACACAACAAGAAGAAAGUGAUCGAGGAGCUCGAGGCCCAGCUGAUCAAGCUGCAGAACAAGCCUCACAAGAGCCGGGAUGACAUAGAAGAUAUCAAGGCGAUUAAGGAGGCUCUUCUAUAUUUGGCCGGCAUCACCAGCAUCUCGGCGCCUCCCGGCUCGGGAUCCAGCUUUACGCCCGGCAAGCGCGACGUCGCCUUCAGCCUGGACUCGGUCGGCACGUACGCAUCCGUGUGCCCUGGUCUCGAGGGCGCCGAGAUCGCGCUGCAGACACUCAUGCACAAGGACAAGCACACGGUUGAAGAGCGCAUCAUAAUGCAGAAGUUGGCCGCCUUCCUCAAGGGGUGCGGCAUCACCAUCAUCAAGUCCCCCGACGGCACCUUCACCAUCAUCAAGCCCUCGGACAAGCGC